CCCAGUUCCUGAUUGCAGGGCGGGUGUGCUGAGCUCCUACACCUUCCCGGUCUCUGCAGAGCUUCCAUGUGAUCCUCAGUACAGAGGACAGGCGGGAGGGUCAGGAUGACCUAAAGGUGAGCUGGGCAAGCUUUUGAUGAUGGGCCUAAACUGCAGGUAGAAGACUCCCUCCUUUUGCACAGUAAAACAUGUAAACCAAGACCUGACGAACACAGAAGCUUUCCGUGGUUGGAUAUAUCUAUAAUCAUGGCCCAUUCAAAGGCCAGCGGAUCCUAUUAUGCCCUCACUGCGAUCGGAGUAGGGCUGUUGGUACUCGGCGUAGUGAUGGCCGUAUGGAACCUGGUCCCGGGAUUUGGCAGCAAUGAAAAUCCUGGCUCACCCCCAGGGAAUAGCAGCAAGCCAGAAACCCAUGGUGAAAUCAAUCUCAAGAGUAAGACUUUCACUGUAGCCUACGUCUUGGUGGGUUCAGGUAUAUCGCUUCUUCUGUUGGCAAUCUGCUUGAGCAUACGCAGCAAACAGAAACGACGCCCAAGCAUGGACAACGUACACGUCGUCCCGCAGGAAGUCACCGUUCCCCGGGGUAAUGAUGUGAGCCAUGAAGAACGCAAUUCCCCGGGGUACUCCGCCCCAAGCUACGAGGAAGUGAUGAGACUGGAAUAUGAACCUCGACAAACUGCAGACGCUGACAGAGACCAGAGAAUGAGCAUUACCCUUCCAUCCUACGAGUCCCUGAACGAACUGGACGAUUCAAUGCCAACUAGGCCCAACGCCGCAAAACCAGAAAGGACAAAUUCACGAUCAGGGAAAGAGAAAAAACCCUUAAACAUUCGGAGGAUCAAAUCGGACAAACUUCACCUGAAGGAAUUCAGACUUAACUUGGCCGGUCGUAGCAACCUGGCCGAAACACAGAAGAUCGAACCCAUAACGCCACCGCCGCAAUAUGACGAUAAACAGAUCGGGGAUCACCAGCCGAUCUAGACUUUUUCUUGUUGCUGUGAAAAGGAAUAGUUUGUAGUUUUAUCCUUUUUGAGACUAUUUUUAUACUGAUAUUUUUUUUUUUGUGAUAGACCAUUUCUUUUCUUUUUUUUCUAAUUAAGCAUUGCCUAAAUCAUGUAUUCUAGGUUGUGACUGACAGGGCCGCUCGCUGACAAUACCGCUGUAGGUUUAGUCAAUUUCCCUCUAUUUCUAUAUUUAAUAUGAUAUAUGACUGAAUAUUAGAGAAUCCCAGGUACAAGUGAUCCAUCGUGAGGUAAUUUUUUAUUUAUUUUUCUGGGGACUUCUGGAGCCAUUACUUUAUACAGGAACAUUACUUAAUACAGGAACCAUUACCUCAUACAGGAGCCAUUACUUCGCACAGGCCCGACAAGAAAAUGUCGAUUACUUGACCUGAACAGAGUUAACCAAGUUAUGAUGUCUUAGUUUGCAGCCUUUCAGCCAUUUCCUGGCAAACUGGCCACUCCCAGUUCCAUUUUCUCAUGAAUUUUACCUCAGAAAAUACAAUGGCUCCUCGGCUGUCUGUCACACCUCAGGGCAGUCAAUUUGGGUAUCAUUUAGAGACAGAAACGUUCAUGAGACGGCUCAUUAAAACCCACUUGCUCUCUGUAACAUAUGCAUGCUGGUGUGCGUUUUAUAGUUACAGUGCAUCACACUGUAAUUAUUUUUGUUCAGUUUUUUUUUUUUUUUAAAGGUUGGUUCACCUUUGCCAAAAAACUGCCGAUAAGGGGAGUCUGUAGAUAAAAACAAGCUGUGUAGCUCUGACUAAUUUUGAACAAUGCCUUUGCUAUAAGUGUGUGCCAUUUACAUACCUCAUGAAGCCUGCCUGGAAAACUUCUAGUACGUUGCUAAGGAUGUUUCUAAGACAUUCCCAGCUGUUACAGUUCAACAUCACAGAAGUAAGCGCUGAAAUGCCAAGCUCACGGGUACUGCAUCAUGGGAGAGAGCGCGCAUGUGAGGGAGUUUGAUACAGAGAAAAGCUCACUCGUGUGAUGAUGGAGAUUAACAUUACAGCUGGACAUAUCUUGGCAAUGUCCUAGGAGUUUUCCAGUCAGGCUUCAUGAGGUACGUAAAUGGCCUACACCUAUAGCAAGGGUAUUUAUUCAACUGUAGUCAAAGCUGCACAUUUUUUUUUUUUUUUUUUUUUAUUUACAGGCGACAUUUUUUUGGUAAAGGUGAACUAUGCCUUUAACUUUAUUGGAAGUGUAAAGUAAAAAGUCUAUGUACCACAGCACGUUGCAACGACAUGCUUUGCGCUGCUGUUGUAUUGCAUUUUUAUACAGCGCAGCGUUGUGGCGUAAACGGGGCCCAGAGAAACCGCUUUGGCGUUGAUCUGUGAUGCUGGAAUGAUAUGGUGUGAAGGAGUCCCUAUCCUAUCAGAUUCCAUGGCUCAUUCACACGGGCGCAGAUGGCGGUAAAAAAAAGGAGCACAUUUUUGCUCCCGGGACUGACAGCUGUUUGCAUACAGCUGCCUGUACAAAUCGAUGACAGGCCGCGGCUGUACGCUGGUAGCCGCACUUGCAAGUGUUUACGUGCGCCCCAGGAUGCAAGCGGCAUGCGUCCAGAGCUGCUCAUUAUUCUCUGUAUGCAAACAAAUGCUAAGAUAAGCGGUUACCAGCAUACAGCUACAGCCUGUCAUUGAUUUGUACCGGCGGCUGUAUACAAACAUUGCCAUUCCUGGGUUCAGAGAGAUGCUAAUUUAUUACAGCGUGUGAAUGAGCACCAUCAUGGCCAGCAUGCCCCCCCCCCCCCCUCAACAUGAUUUAGGCACCAUUCACACAGAAGGUGUUUAGUGCGUCCAGCCGCGAUCACCGCAGGCUGGAAGAACAGACGCAAGUAGCUGAGGUCGCAGACAGCCUAUCAUUGCAGUGUAUGGGCUCGGCGGCCGCAGCUGUGAGUUCCAUGUCAAUUAGUAGAUUCCUGCCGCUGUGUGGGUAAACGCCCAUGCGGAUGGUGCCCUAGAGCCUCAUGUACUAAAUACGAUUGGUCUUUAUCCAUUCCCCCCCCUUCUUUCUCAUUUCCCCUGAGCAUUCUUGGCUCAGGUGGUGUUUAAAGGCAACAGAAUCCAAAAUUCUCACUGCAAAUGCAAUCAAUAUUUUUGACCAACCCUUUAGCUGUGUUAUAC